AUGAUUUCCCGACCCAAGGUUGUUGUACUACCCGUUACUGACCAACUAAUCCAGCGUGUUGAAGCUUGGGCUGCUGCCGAAGGUGUUACUUCCAUGAAGUUCUUUGAUAAGAAGAGAGAUUUGGAGACAUUUCAAGAUUGCGAUCAAAUCGCAGGAGUGGAUGACACGGAGCAAGGUUACUUAGAAGACUCCUUUGAUCAGGACUAUGAACCUGAAGAUGAAGAUGAACGUGAUUUCAACCUACAUGGACAAUUUGAUGAUACCGAUGACUCCGAAAGAGAAGAGCUCUUGGCAGAUGCAGACAAUGAUGUUGAUGAUAUGCCAGAACUCACUGUCAGAUUCUAA